GGGAAGAAGAAGGCAGCAGCAGCAGCAGGAGGCUGCCUAUCAGCACGUCUGGCCGGCGCGCGCGCCGCGCGUUCUCUGUGGCGCGCAUCCUCCCCCCCCCCCUCUUAAGAGAAAUUGGCGGGAGCGGCCCGGUGAGGUCGCGGCCCUGCAGUGCGGGCUCCGGCCGGCUUGAGGGGGCGCUGCGCCGGGAGGUGGGUGGGAGCGCGUGUACUGCUGGCUGCUGGUUCUCCCGAGCUCCCUCCCUCUCGAGAGAGAAAGGCAAAGAGGCCCGGUCUCUGCCAUCCCGGCGCUCUGGCAGCGCCGCCGCGGGGGUCCGGAGGACGCGGGGAGGCCAGCACAGCCGUCAUCGCCAUCACCGCCAUGAAAGACUGCGAGUACCGGCAGAUCCCCGGGCACCCCGGCUGCCCCCGCCGCUUCUGGACCCCCGACUCCGUGGCCGCCAGCACCGCCCCCACGACUCUGGCUCCGCGCCCCGUCGCAAGUGGGAGGUUUUUCCCGGGCGCAACCGGUUCUAUUGUGGCGGGCGCCUCAUGCUGGCGCGGCAUAGCAGCGUCUUUCUCCUCACGGUCGGCCUCAUUGUGGUCACCAGCGGCCUUUUCUUUACUUUCAGCUGUCCAUUCCUGGCUCAUAACUUGACCAUAGCUAUCCUAUCAUUGCUGGCAUCCUGUUUCUUUUUUGUCAUCAGCUGUUUGUUACAAACCAGCUUCAGAGAUCCCGGUAUUUUGCCCAGAGCCACCCCCAGUGAAGCUGCAGAUCUGGAGAAAUGGAUUGACAACCUCGGCACUUCCACUUAUCGGCCACCUGCCCGAACCAUGGAAGUUGUAAUAAACAAGUAUAUGGUGAAAUUGAAAUAUUGCUACACGUGUAAAAUGUUCCGUCCACCCAGGACUUCCCAUUGCAGUGUCUGUGACAACUGUGUAGAACGAUUUGAUCAUCAUUGUCCCUGGGUGGGCAACUGUGUGGGGAAGCGGAACUAUCGAUUCUUCUAUGCCUUCAUCCUCUCUCUCUCCUUCCUAACAGCCUUCAUCUUUGCUUGUGUCAUCACCCACCUUGCUUUGCGCUCCCAGGGAAACGAUUUCCUCACUGUUUUGAAAACAACACCAGCAAGUCUGUUGGAAUUGGUGAUUUGUUUUUUUUCAGUCUGGUCUAUUUUUGGCCUCUCAGGGUUUCACACUUACUUAAUUGCCUCCAAUUUGACAACCAAUGAGGAUCUCAAGGGAGCAUGGUCAAAUAAGAGAGGUUCUGAAUUUGCCAACCCCUAUAGCCAUAAAAGUGUCCUAACCAACUGCUGUGCAGUGCUCUGUGGGCCAUUUUAUCCCAGUUUAAUAGAUAGAAGAGGAUUUGUUCAGGCAGAUGCUGGGACUCCCUCUACUCCUAAGGCUGAAAUCCCUUCCUUUGGAACAAAAUCUGAUGCCAGCAUGGUAUGAGCCAACACUUUAGCAACACUGACAUACAUAUCUUAUGCCUACCUCCAGCUGGUGCCUCUCCUACCUUUUACCAUUAUCUGGGCUCAGGUAGACAGCCUGAUGGAGCAGAAUCUCCAGAAUUCCUAUUCCAACCAGAGGCCGCCACCUCUUGCAUUGAUUUUUAAUUGGUUUCAUUUUAAAAAAAUAUUUUUAAAAUGUUUUAAAUACUUAACCGGCCAUUGUUCAUUGCUGCAGUUAAGCCUCUAGGUAGGAGCUGCCAUAAUGUUGAGGGUUAAAAUACUUAGAGCAGAGAAUGCAGCUGGUUGGGAGAUUCCAGCUUCAUGAGAAAUAUCUUUUAUUGGAGGUUUUGUUGAAAAGAUUGGUAGAAAAAGGCAUAGUUACUUUGCAUAUGGAGCUGUUAUAACAGAAACAUCUCCUAAAGUAUUCCGCAUACUUUAUUUGUUCCGACAAUAUUAAUGUUACACUGUUGUUCCUGCCAUUUUGCCCGAAUAUUGCAAAGAAUAACUGAUGUUCCUUAAACUGUAACAUGAAUCAUUUGAAGACCCAGCUCUACCUUGCCUCACCAGCAAGUAUUGCCUGAAGUUAGCCUGAGUGGCUGUUUUGGGGAGAGGGUAGAAGUUCCCUUUCUUAAAGAAAGUCUACAGAAGCAGAACAUUGUUUCUCAGUCUGGGAAUUGACUCAGGAUUGUCCUUGUCUAUUUCAUCUGAAUCAGGAUCAGAACACUAAGCUUCUAGAGGUUAUUUAUUGAAUAGUCGGAAUGAAAAUUAAAGAGAGCAGUUGGAAAUUCUUAAAUUAUGUCAUUCCAGAUGAGUUGUAUUUACCUGGUGCAUCUGGACAGCUGAGCCACUUUUGUAUUGGGUUUGGAGAGUUUUAUAAGUAAGGCAUGUGGACUAAAGGCCAUUUCAGCAAAAUCUUCAUGUAUACAAAAGCAUUUUCCAAAACAGAGUUAUUAUAAGAAGUCCAUUCACUUGGAUCUCUGAUCAUUUCUUUAAAGAAGGAGGGAUCCUGCUUCCUCGUGCUGAAUUUUUUUUACAGUCCCACAGUUUCCAUCCCAUGGCAAGAGGGAGCCCUUGCCUAUAGAGGGAAACUAGAUACUUGAAAUGUGUUUAUUAAAGCUGCUGGGAAUUUUUGCACAAAUUUUAUAGUUUAUAUUCUAGCAAUGUUAUUUUGUCUUCUAAAAAGAUCAUUUUUACUGUCUGUAAACCUGUGCCCAGAAGAUUUUUUUUUAAGUGUUAUAUCUUAUUUCUUGGCUUUUACCAGCCAGUAGGAGGAAAUGGGGAACUUGUAGAACUUGCUCAUCCAAUGUGUUAGAUUUCAUUUCUUGUACUGUGUUCAAAAACAUCUAGAAACUACCUGGAUGGGUUAAUCAGCUAUGCAACAAUAAUAUUCUCCCUGUUGACCUUUGAAAUCUGGGGUUUACAAGAAAUUGAAUAGGAUUUUAUAUUUCCAAGAAAACUAGAAUAAGCACAUAAGUGUUUUAUGCAUCCUGCUUCUGCAGAAGAACCGAGAAGCACCCUCUUUGUGUAAAGAAAAAAAAUGCAAUCACUGUGGUCAGGAGUUUCCCACCAUGCCCACCUUUCUGCCAAUAUAUUCCAUUCACUGUUGUGGGCUGUGUUUUGAGUAACUCCAUCACAUUCAGCAAUGGAAACCACUGCUCUGGGCAUCUGGCUGAUGUAGAUAGGAAGACUGAAUUGAAAAGCAAGCUGAAUCAUGACAACUGAUCUGCUCAUCUGUAAGUUUAUUUUUGCACCCUUCCUAAAAUAUUUGACAUUACUAGAAGGAAUAAUGCUGUCUUCAACAUGUCUGUCCUAAAUUGGAGCACUUCAUGAAGAAGAAGAAAGCCAAUAACUGCUAAGGCAUUUCUUUUCCUGUUUUAUAUUUUGGUUGGUUUUUCCAACAAAUUAAAGUUGCAAGAAUGGGUAGUACAUAUCACCCUUUCUGAAGUUUGAGUCUGAUUUUAAAAUCAGCUGAGGCAUUAGGCAAAAGCUAUUUAGGAGUUCUGAUGAGGUGCAGAAGUUUCCACAGCAGCUUCCAACAGCUAAAUCUGGCUGCUGUGAUAUGUGAUAUAAUUGUAUUUAUAUUCUGAUGCAUGCCACACCUAGGGGAGCCUCUGUAUAACUCUCACAAUCUCCAGAAGUAUUGCUGAUCUGAGGACUCCACUUUCUGACCUCUGUAGAGCAUAGUUCUCAUUCUGGGGCAGUUACAAAGGCUUUUGAAAGGAUAUGCUGGCUGAUGUACGGGAGAGUAUAUUUAUUCUGCUCCAUUUAGAUAAGUGCCAAGGCUGGGGUAUUUUAAUAAUAGUAGGCUUAAACCUAAAGGUUGAAUCUGCUACAUCAUUGGUUCUGCCCUGUAAGAUCCCUGGACUCAGUGGAGAAAAUAUCUGUCUCUGCAGUCCUGGUUUCUAUCACCUUGCAUGUCUCUGAACAGCUGAACUGCUCUUGUUCCCAGAGCAGCCACUUACAUGUGAGAGAAGUUGGCUAAUGGAACCCAAAUGGAUCUUGGAGCUACAGUAGGUGCUCAGAAUAACGUGGUUUUGAUCUCAAAAGGCUGCUCAUAACUUAUUUCUUUCAGAAAUUUAAUCAGAAAGGGAGGGUGGAAAGAUAAUCCUGGAAGAAUUUUUAUUGUUAGGAAAGAGAAGAGUUGUUCUUAUUGAAGAAAAGUUUGUGUUGCUCUCUAAGGCAUUACUGUAUAACUUGGCGGGGAAAGACAUUGUAGGCAGUGUUCCAUUUGUGUGGGAAACACUCUUACGAUUACUACAUCUUUUGUAAUAAAAAUGUUUUUUUAAGAGCUAA